CCGCCCCCGCCUCCGCCUCCGCCGCGGCCCCCGCCUCCGCCUCCCAGACCCCGGAGCCGCCACCUCCCCCUCCCCGCCUGGCCCCGCCGGGCCCUUCGAGCGGCCGCGGAGACCGCGCAGCGCGGCAGGCGGGAUCCGCACGAAAUAAAUCAGAAUGAGUUACACAGAAAAACCCGAUGAAAUCACAAAGGAUGAGUGGAUGGAAAAGCUCAAUAACUUACAUGUCCAAAGAGCAGACAUGAACCGUCUCAUCAUGAACUACUUGGUCACAGAGGGCUUUAAGGAGGCAGCAGAGAAGUUUCGAAUGGAAUCUGGGAUUGAACCCAGUGUUGAUCUAGAAACACUUGACGAGCGAAUCAAAAUCCGUGAGAUGAUACUGAAAGGUCAGAUUCAGGAGGCCAUUGCGCUCAUCAACAGCCUCCACCCAGAGCUGCUGGACACAAACCGCUAUCUCUACUUCCAUCUGCAACAACAACACCUGAUCGAGCUGAUCCGCCAGCGGGAGACAGAGGCGGCGCUGGAGUUUGCACAGACCCAGCUGGCUGAGCAGGGUGAGGAAAGCCGCGAGUGUCUGACCGAGAUGGAACGCACACUGGCCCUGCUGGCCUUUGACAACCCCGAGGACUCCCCCUUUGGAGACCUGCUCAACAUGAUGCAGAGGCAGAAGGUGUGGAGUGAAGUGAACCAAGCUGUCCUGGAUUACGAGAAUCGUGAGUCAACACCCAAGCUGGCAAAGUUGCUGAAACUACUCCUUUGGGCUCAGAAUGAGCUGGACCAGAAGAAAGUAAAAUACCCUAAAAUGACAGACCUCAGCAAAGGCGUGAUCGAGGAGCCCAAGUAGUCUGUGUGGGGCCCCGCUGCAUGGCCCUGGGCCCGCGGGCGCCACCUGGGACUGAAGAUUUUUAUGGCAGCAGAGGACUCUCUUCUCCCUUCUUUUACUGUUUGUGUUUUUGUUUUGUUUUGUUUUGUUUUUUUGACCCAGAAUCAUUUUGAAAGGGAAACUGGCCCUUUUAAGCACUGGAAAACCAGUGCAAGAUACCGUCUCUUCUGGAAGGCCGGCAAGGACUGCCCCAUGGCGUGUGCUCAGCGUUCUGGGCACUUCAACUCCUGAAGGCGCCUCAUCUUAGGGCCGCUAGUCCACCCGAGGCCCCGCUCAGAGCACCAGGCAGCACUGAUGACCAUCUUGUUCUGUCAGCAUCCAGGAGGACAGCGUGUCCUCCUCCCCCCCAUCACGGCCGGCCUUCGUGUAGAAGUGUUUUCUUUCCCUCUUUGGUUUUUGGUUUGUUUUUGUUUUUUCAUAGGAAAGACUAUAUGAAUUUGUAAACCCCAAUUCAAAGACUUCUUUUGUGCGAGGGCACUCAGUUUGGUUGUCUUCCUGUUUGGUCUGGGUCAUGUGGCUUUGGGGGAGAUGGGUGUGUGUGUGUGUGUAUGCGGGGUGGGCUGUGUGUUUUUUAAUUUUUUAAAUAUAUAUUUUGGUGCUGUAAGUGGUGAGAGACUCUUUCCUAGUGGAUCAAUGAACCAUCUCUCCUGGGCACUUUUGUUGAAAAUAAAGGUUUCUCCUUAAUUUCAAGAAUGACCACAA